AUGGAUCAUACUACCAUAGAUGUUAAUCCUAGUGCUAUUGAAAAAGUUGUACAUGGAAAUGGAGAAGGAAAAGUUGGUAAAGUUGUUGCAAUACCUAAUGAUGGAGGAGAAGUUGGUGUUGUAGAUGGUGGAGGGGGAGAAGCUGGUGAAUCCCUGCCCAUUGUUGCUGUUGAAGCAGCAACAAAGGGCAGGGCUUCACCAGCUUCUCCUCUUCAACCAUCUACUACACCCGUUUCUCCUCCUUCAUCAUUAGGUAUUAGUAAUACAACAAUUUUACCAACUUCUCCUUCUCCAUUUUCAGGAGAAGGGGGUCCGGGGUGGUCGACUGUUUGGAAAGCCGCAUUGAGAGCAUGUCUUGGUUACAGAGUGCUUUAUAGUGACCCAUUUACUGCACAUCCCCCUUUCCAGAUUGACGCAAACUUUGGUUUUCUACAGUAG